AUGGCUCAGUUAAGCGCCAUCCAACUCUUCCUUGCCGUUCUAGGUGUCUUCACAAUACUGCUCUUUGCGUACAGACUAUUCUUUCUCAAUCCACAGGCCAAUGUCAAUCAUUCACUUCCGCCCGGCCCCAAACCCAAACCGUUGCUGGGAAAUCUACCCGACCUUCCACCAACUGGCGCCAAAGAAUGGCUACAUUGGAUCAAGCACAAGGAGCUUUACGGCCCGAUAAGCUCCCUCACGGUUCUGGGCCAGACCAUGAUACUUCUUAACGAUUACAAGGUCGCGGUUGAGCUGAUGGAGAAGCGUUCCGCCUUCAACUCGUCUCGACCAAAGCUAGUAUUUGGGUCCGAAAUGUGCGGGUGGGAACAAGCACUUGGACUCAUGCCCUAUUCCAACAAGAGCCGCUCCUACAGAAAAGCGCUGCACACCGUUCUCGGCACCUCUGCUGCUAUUGACCCGUUCCGACCGCUCAUCGAGCUGGAAACGCGUCGGUUUCUACUCAAAGUGCUUGAGCAUCCCCAAGAGGUGCUACAGCUUAUCCGGACUCAAGCUGGCUCGAUUAUUCUGAAGAUCGGCUAUGGCUAUACAAUCGAACCGAAUGCGCGCGAUCCGCUGGUGGAUCUUGCGGAAGAAACCCUCGAUCAAUUCUCCAAAUCCUGUAUGCCUGGAGUCUGGACGGUGGACGUGAUACCUGUGCUCAAAUACCUCCCCGAAUGGCUCCCCGGUGCUAGCUUUAAGCGCACUGCACGUCACUGGAAAGCAACGCUUCAUACAGCGGCGGAAGUGCCUUACAGAUUUGUGAAGGAACAGCUUCGCAAUGGGACGGCCGAGCCCUCGUACCUUUCCAAGCUUCUUCAAGAUGAACACGGACCCCUGUCUCCGGAGGCAGAUGAUGUGGCCCGGUGGUCUGCCUUCUCAAUGUACGCAGGGGGUGCCGAUACCACCGUAUCCUCCGUGGCCUGCUUCGUCUUGGCCAUGACGCUCUAUCCUGAAGUCCAACGCGAAGCCCAAGCGGAGAUAGAUGCAGCAAUAGGCACUUCGCGCCUGCCGACAUUCUCCGACCGCGAGUCUCUUCCCUACGUUGACGCGUUAGUUAAGGAGGUUCUUCGUUGGCAUCCAGUGGCUCCUAUGGGCGUACCUCACCUGACGACCAAGGCUGAUGUCUACGACGGAUAUUUCAUCCCCGAAGGUAGCCUUCUAAUACCCAGCAUAUGGGCCAUGCUCCACGAUGAGGCCAUCUAUCAUGACCCCGAAGUGUUCAACCCUUCCCGCUUUCUUGGUCCGAACGCUGAACCGGAUCCUCAUAAUGUGUCGUUCGGCUUCGGCCGCCGGAUCUGUCCUGGCAAAUUGUUCGCCGAUGCGACUCUAUUUUCGACAAUUUCUGGGUUUUUGGCAGUAUUUGAUGUGCGGAAAUGCGUCGAGAAUGGAAAGGAGAUUGAUCCAGUCGUGGAUUUCGCCACUGGAAUAAUCAGUCAUCCUAAGCCGUUUAAAUGCGACAUCAAGCCGAGAUCGGCCAGUCACGAGAAGCUGAUUCAAUCUGUUGAGAUCGAGUAUCCCUCUCCGGAACACGGUGAUGCAAGACACCUGUCCAAUGCUGCUGCGGUAUAG